UUUUAGCUUGAAAUUGGAAAUUUAUGAAACAAAAACGUUUCAAAAUUUAAAGAAUAUCUUAUGUUUUCAGUCCUUUUUAAUAUAUCUUGAUACAAGCUAGCCUAGGAUUGACAUGUAGUUUACUUAAAAUCCACUAGGUGCCAUCGCCAUCGUUAAGGAGAAUUUUGACGACCAAGCCUUAUGGCCAAAGUCGACGCAGUGAACGAACCAUCCCCUCUAUGACUGUUGUAACCAUAGACUACGUUAAACGUCAUCGUCAUCUGAUUCGUGUUAUUUUCAUUAACAGUUAAAAAGUACUGAAAAUAAAAACGUAGUUUUAAAAUCAAAAACCCGCAUUUAUACACAGGAUAACUUGAAACUUCCCAAUUAUAGGUUGGAUAAAAUGUCAUGGAUACAGGAAUCAAAAUUGAAAUGGUAUGAAACACUAGCUGUAAAUGUACUGAAAUGUGGGUCUAUACCGAAACAUGUUGCCUUCAUCAUGGAUGGCAAUAGAAGAUUUGCUAAUAAAAGUGGGGUAAAAAAAAUUGAGGGGCAUUCAAAAGGGUUUGAUAAGUUGACAGAAGUUUUGCACUGGUGUCUGCUACUUGGGGUAAAUGAAGUUACCGUUUAUGCUUUCAGUAUUGAAAAUUUUAGACGCUCUGAGGAAGAGGUGGAUCAACUCAUGUCACUGGCAAGAGAGAAAUUCAAACGACUUUUGGAAGAAAAAGAUAAACUGAAUGAGCAUGGCAUCAGUAUUAGAGUAAUUGGUAACAUUGGCUUACUUCCUGCAGAUUUACAAAAACUAGUUGUUGAAUCAAUGGAAUCAACUAAAUCCAACACUGAAGCUGUUUUAAACAUAGCUUUUUCCUACACAUCCAGAGAAGAAAUGACCCAUGCUGUAAGAGAAGUAGCAUGGGGUGUUCAAGAAGAUCUGUUAAAAAUUGAUGACAUUACCGAAGAUUUAAUUCAAAAGUGUCUAUACACGCGGCAUUCGCUCCAACCUGAUCUUUUAAUACGAACUUCAGGAGAAGUAAGAUUGAGUGAUUUUCUUCUUUGGCAAACUACUUGCUGCACCUUAUACUUUACUCCGGUGUUAUGGCCCGAAUUUUCAAUUUGGGAUCUUUGUAGAAGCAUUCUCCACUACCAAAAAAACUUACCUGUCCUGGAGGCCCUGAAGAAUUCGUGCGACGGGAGACGACAGCCAAUAAGCGAAAACAUGGACAGGAUAGAGAAGUUUCUCAGCAAAAUGGAAGUGAAAGAAUCUCGUACAAGAAACCAGAUUCUGACACAAGCCUAGACCUUUCUGACCCCUUUAUUGUUUCCAAUCUAUGUUAAAAUAUAUAGCAAAUAGUGCUGGGGAAGUUACACAGAAAGUUGCACAUCUAUGACUAAGUGAUAGUGGUUUUCCGGAAAUCAGAUCCAUUCUUUAGGGUUUCUCAAUAUCUCUGUCAGUUUGGCUUCUGGGGUUCCAUCAGAGGGAGAAUGCAUGUAUUCCCAUUUCUGAAAAAAAAGAAAGAAAUAGUAAUAGUUUCCCAUUUGCGCGAAAGGUACUGUGCUCUGCAAAGAACUCACCGCAUAUACCGGAAGAGACAUUAAAAUACUCUCAAUACGAGCGCCGGGAGUGUAAAGUCCAAACUUUGUCCCACCUUAUAGGAGUUACAGUAUGUUUAAAAUAAAAAUGCAAAUAAAAGUGACCAAGGAAUA